AAAUGAUUCAACUAGAAUAUUGUCCGCCUUUUCUUCAAUAAUAUGGACUCAAAAGAUGCUAAGGUGGAGCAACCACCUGCUGUGGAGAAAGAUGUCUCUCUCGGAGAGGUCCGUGAUAUUGGAGCCGAUUUAUACAUUGAGGCUGAUCAAUUGUCGACCGAGGAGUUGGAGAGUGAGGGAGCUGCGGUCCUGAGAAUUUUGGACUGGAGAAUCAUGCCGAUUCUCUAUGUCACUUAUGUGAUACAAUUUCUUGAUAAACUAUCACUUAACUAUGCUUCAGCCUACUCACUCAUUCCCGAUCUUGGCCUCGAGGGCCAGCGCUACUCCUGGGUGGCAGCUAUCUUCAACUUCGGGUACCUGUUCUGGGCCAUACCAGCGAACCUGCUUAUCCAGAAGUUGCCUGUUGCCAAGUAUAUGGGAGGUAUGCUCCUGAUGUGGAGUGUCAUUGUGAUCGCACACGUUGGGGCCAAGAACUACGCUGGUAUUUUAAUCCUGAGAUUCCUGCUGGGAAUGGCAGAGGCAGGCGUUAGCCCAUGCAUGAUGGUGAUUACGUCUAUGUUCUACAAGCGCUCCGAACAGCCUCUUCGCAUGGCUAUUUGGUUGAGUGCCAAUGGAAUGGCGACCAUGGUAGGAGCAUUGCUCGGCUUCGGUCUCGGACACUCCCACAACACCUCUCUCCAUAGCUGGCAGCUCAUUUUCCUGACAAUUGGACUACUCAACUUUGUCUGUGGAGGUGUAUUCCUCGCACUCAUGCCUGACUCGCCCGCCUCUGCGCGCUUCCUAACCCAUCGCCAACGUGUCAUUGCUGUCCGGCGAGUCGCGGAAAAUAUGAUUGGUGUGAAGACUCGACAGAUCAAACUGGGACAAGCUGUGGAAAACCUCUACGAUAUUAAGAUCCUCUGCUGUGCAGGUAUCGGCAUUGCUUGCGGUGUCAUCAACGGCGGAGUCUCCAAUUUUGCCUCUUCGUUGAUUAAAGGCUUUGGAUUCAGCGGAAUCUACGCGACGCUACUUCAACUACCGACGGGAGCCAUUGAAGCCAUCAUUGUCCCCAUAUGUGGCAUUGUUGCAACAUACGUCCCCAAUUCACGUUGCAUCGUUCUCGCCGUUGUGAGUCUCAUUCCAUUUGCUGGGCUACUGGGCAUCCGUUUCACGAGCCUUGACCAUCGGUGGACACUCGUUGGAUGUACCUGGCUGCAGUAUAUCAUUGGCGCACCGGUUAUAGUGUCCUGGAAUCUACUUUCCACCAACGUGGCAGGCCACACCAAACGAGCAGUCGCUAACGGUAUAUGGUUCACACUAUAUGCCGCCGGGAAUGUCGCCGGCGCAAAUAUCUUUUUCUCUCGUGAAGCUCCGCGAUACUAUUCUGCACUGACGGGGCUUUUAGUUUGCUAUGCUGGAAUCAUAGUUUUAUCAAUCAUGGCAUAUAUGGCUAUGCGAUGGGAGAAUAUGCGAAGGGAUGCUGCGGCCGCAGCGGCUGGGGGGAAACCCUGACGGGCAAUGAGACCCAAUCUCAGGCCAUUCUGGAUGGUUUCAAGGACAUGACCGAUAUGGAAUCUAAGCAUUUUAGAUAUGCGCUUUGAGGUGUAUUCAGGUUCGGUUAGAAAGACUCGGUCUAAGAAUCAAAACAAAGGCAUAAUAAUUCUCGAAUGAGAUUUCGGCUUUCGCUAUGACAGAC